CACCACUGCUUCUCUCGGAGGGAGACCAGGUGCUGGCAGCCAUGCUCCUGACAGCCUGGCUCCAGGUGAGCUGUGAGUCCUUCAACUCUACCUGGGCAGUUUCACAUUGAUGAAAACUGGGAAGCGAAGCCGAUGAGCCUUGCGAUGAGAGCUGGAGCUUCUGCCUGCCAGAAUGGAGCUUGUGGGAAGAGCGGUGAUGUGGAGGGACGGAGGCCAGACACCAGGACAGCCAAGAAGUUGGUGACCUUCGAGGACGUGGCUGUGUACUUCACCCAGACGGAGUGGGACGGCCUGUCCCCUGCACAGAGGGCCCUGUACAGGGAUGUGAUGCUGGAGAAUUAUGGGAAUGUGGCCUCCCUGGGAUUUCCUCUUCUCAAGCCUGCUGUGAUUGCACAACUGGAGGGAGGAGUUGAGCUGGGGGGCCCAUCUCCACUGGCCUCUGGAACAGGCUCAGGCCCCGAGGACCUCUGGACUGAUAUUGAGAUCCAGACUGACAAUAAUUUGACAGAGGACAUGUAUGAAGAAAAACAUAAUACAUCAUUUGAACUUCAAAGGGACUUUUCCCAGGAAACAGACUUUUCAGAAGUCUUUAUUCUAGAGAAACACCAGGAAGUCCAUUCAGUAGGAAGUAUGAAGAAAGAAAACAGUGAUGUUGAUGGGACAGUUGAAGACAAUACAGGCCCCAUGGAGGAGUGUUUCUUUACUCAAAGUCCAAAUUUGGAUAAAUGUCAUAUCAUCUUUACUGGGGAGCAACCCCCUGAGUGUAAAGGAUUCAAGAAAGUCUUCAGCUUUGACACAAAACUUACGCAGCAUGAAAUAAUUAAUUUCAAGGAAAGACCUUUCAAGUGUGAAAAAUUAAUGGAAACUUUUAGGAGUAACUCUCAGCUUAAUCAGGAUCAAUAUAGCUACACUAAGGAAAAGCCCUAUCAGUGUAAGGAGUGUGGCAAAGCCUUUAGUGUUAAUGCAAAAUUAAUUUGGCAUCAAAGACUUCACAGUGGGGAGAAGCCCUUCAAAUGUGUGGAGUGUGGGAAAAGCUUCAGUUAUAGUUCCCAUUACAUCACACAUCAGACAAUCCACAGUGGGGAGAAGCCAUAUCAGUGUAAGGUGUGUGGUAAAGCCUUCAGUGUUAAUGGGAGUCUAAGUAGGCAUCAGAGAAUCCAUACAGGAGAGAAGCCCUAUCAGUGCAAGGAGUGUGGGAAUGGUUUUAGCUGCAGUUCUGCAUAUAUCACCCACCAGAGAGUCCAUACUGGAGAGAAACCUUAUGCAUGUAAUGACUGUGGGAAAGCUUUCAAUGUUAAUGCAAAAUUAAUUCAACAUCAGAGAAUCCACACUGGAGAGAAACCUUAUGAAUGUAAUGAGUGUGGGAAAGGCUUCAGGUGCAGCUCCCAGCUUAGGCAGCAUCAGAGCAUCCACACUGGAGUGAGGCCCUAUCAGUGUAAGGAGUGUGGAAAAGCCUUUAGUAAUAAUGCAAAACUCAUACAGCAUCAAAGAAUUCACACAGGGGAGAAACCCUAUGAGUGUACUGAAUGUGGAAAAGCCUUUAGUGUCAAAGGGAAGUUAAUCCAGCACCAGAGAAUCCACACAGGCGAGAAACCCUAUGACUGUAAAGAAUGUGGGAAAGCUUUUAGGUGUAAUGCCCAGCUUCGGCAACACUUGAGAAUCCACACUGGGGAGAAGCCAUAUGAAUGUAAUGAAUGUGGAAAGGCCUUCAACGUUAAUGCAAAACUAAUGCAGCAUCAGAGGAUUCACACUGGGGAGAAACCUUUUGAAUGUAAUGAGUGUGGGAAAUGCUUUACUUCUAAAAGAAACCUACUUGAUCAUCACCGAAUCCACACUGGAGAAAAGCCUUAUCAAUGUAAGGAAUGUGGGAAAGCCUUUAGCAUCAAUGCCAAACUAACUAGGCACCAGAGAAUACACACUGGGGAGAAACCUUUCAAAUGCAUGGAAUGUGAGAAAGCAUUUAGCUGUAGUUCUGACUAUAUUGUGCAUCAGAGAAUUCAUACUGGAGAGAAACCCUUUCAAUGUAAGGAGUGUGGAAAAGCUUUCCAUGUUAAUGCCCAUUUAAUUCGGCAUCAGAGAAGCCACACUGGAGAGAAACCGUUCAGAUGUGUGGAGUGUGGCAAAGGCUUCAGCUAUAGUUCUGACUGUAUUAUACAUCAGACUGUCCAUACGUGGAAGAAACCUUAUGUGUGUAAUGUGUGUGGGAAAGCCUUCAGAUUUGGCUUCCAACUUAGUCAGCAUCAGAGUGUCCAUAGUGAAGGAAAAUCCUAAUGAGAAGGAUGUAGAAAACUGAAGGUUAAUGCUGAAUUGGAUUAAGUAUCCUCGGAUUCUCUUAGGGUGAAAAACCCUGAAAAGGAAAUGAAUAUGGCAGAGUCUUCACAAGAAAACAAAUCCUUUCCAUUUGAUUCAAUAUAAAAUUAGGAAUAAUGACCAAUUUAAAAAUAACAGGAAAAUAAAUAGUUUGUAUAACCAAGAGAAAAUAAAUUGAAAGAAAAUAUUCCAUACUCAACAGCAUCAAGAAAAGUCAGUUUUCUAGGUAUAGAUUUAAUUAUUAUGUGGGGCCUAUGUGGAGAAGUAAUAAAUCUCCACUGUGGGCCACAAAAGAAAAGUUAAAUAAAUGUGGGGCAGGGGGUAGAUAGAGCUAUGAUACCACGUUUGUUUGUUCUUUUUUGUUUUGUUUUGUUGGGGUUUUUUUUGUUUG